AUGGAUAGAUCUGCUAUAAUUUUAGACCUCGGAUCAGAGAGCACUAAGGCUGGGUUUUCAGGCGAUGUUGACCCAAAAGUUGUUAUCCCUACAAUUGCUGGGGAACACAGGGUCAAGGAUGCCCAAGUAGGAUAAGGUGGCUUCAACCGAAUAUUAAUUGGAGAUGAAUGCAUUAGUAAAAGAGGACUUUUGAAUAUAUUCAACGUAGUACAACAAGGGGUGAUUAAAGACUUUACUAGAAUUGAACCCUUUUUGCAACAUUGUUUUAACAAUGAGCUAAGAGUUGCCUCAGAAGAGUAUAAUGUGAUUAUGAGUGAAGUCCCAUUUCAGUCACCUGCUGAUAGAGAGAAAAUGGCUCAACUAAUGUUUGAGACUUUUAAUGUAUCUGGAUUUUACCUUGGCAACCAAGGUCUAUUCUCUGUAUAUGGAAGUGGAAGGUAAUCAGGUGUCUUUUGCGAGUCUGGUGCUAGUGUCACUCACACAAUACCAGUUAGUGAUGGAGUUGUAAUCUCUUCAGCAAUUCAAAGAGCUGAAUUUGGAGGCAAAGAUAUUGAUGAGCUUAUGAUAUAGCUUCUCAAUGAGAAAGGAUACUCAUUUACUACAACAGAGGAAAGAGAAAAAGUAAGAUAUCUUAAGGAAAAACAUUGCAUCGUUGCUCAAGAUUAUGAAUCUGCCCUUGAAGAUAAUGAGGAAAGGUGCUAUGAAACUCCAGAUGGUUAAUACAUCAACCUUACUAAUGAAAUAUACAAAGGUGGAGAGGCUAUCUUCAAAACAAAUGACCUUUGUGGAAGAGGCAUCGACUCGAUCCAAGACAUGAUCAUGAAAUCUAUCGAUGGAAGCGAUGAAGGUGUCAGAGCAAGUCUUUUUGGAGCUAUUGUUCUAUCAGGGGGCAACACGUUGUUUGGCGGCAUUAGAGACAGACUUCAGAAGGAGAUUGAAAGCAGAGCUGGAGACCCAGGUGUUGUAAGAGUCAUUGCUGAUGAUUCUAGAAAAUACAAUGUCUUUAACGGAGCCUCCGUGAUAUCCUCUUCAUCUAUGAUUGAACCAAUGUGGAUUUAGAGAGAUGAGUAUGCCGAAAGCGGAGCCUCAAUUGUUCAGACCAAGUGUCCCUAGUGA